GUAGCAUUUAGAGCUAAAUGUGCUAAAUGUGCUUUUACGCGUAAGCAAAAACAGCCCAUUAGAUAGCAAACUGCAAGCUGGCGUUAGUAAAACAUCAGUUCCAAAUAUUUUAAAGUUGGCAGCGACUUUGAGGUUCUGUGCUCAGGGGUCGUAUCAGCUAAGUGUCGGGAACGAAAGUUGUAUUGGGCUUGGCCAAUCUACGGUGUCCAUAAUUUUGGCGGAAGUAUUCAAUGCUUUGGAGGAAUGCGUCUGCAGAGAUUGGAUAAAAAUGCAAAACAGUGAAGAGGAAAAACGAGAAACAAAGUGUUAUUUCUUUGGGAGGAGCGGAAUACCCGGAGUAAUAGGCUGCAUAGACGGUACGCACAUCAAAAUUGUUUCCCCAAAAAAGGAUCAUCAGCAUUUGUAUUACAAUCGGAAAGGAUUUUUCAGCUUGAAUGCAAUGAUAGUUUGCGACAACGCCAUGCGAAUCCGCUAUAUCAACGCGAAGUACCCUGGAGCUACGCAUGAUGCUAAUGUUUUUAAUAUGUCUGCGUUGAAGCAACAAUUAGAAGAAGAGUAUCGUAGUGGCGAGCGAAAUAUGUUAUUAGGUGAUGGAGGGUAUGCCUUACAACCCUAUAUGCUUACGCCAUACCGAAACCCAGAGCCCGGAUAAGCAGAAUGUAUGUUCAACGGU